UGGCGGUGUGGCUUGUGUUCUAUAGCUAGAGGAAUAAAACCUGAAAAAGUGGUUAGAACCGAAUUUCUUUCCAGAAAUAAUGGCCAUGGAGUUGUCCAUUAUCGCCCAGUUUGAUGAGCUCCGCAGGUGCUCCGAUGUACUGCGCGAUGGUUCUGCCGAGAUGGAAUUUCUUAAAUUUGUGCAAUUACAAGAUGACUGUCGACACCAAUGGCUUAAAGCUGUCCACGAAGCGCAAAGAUUGCAAAGUGAACUGGACAAGGCUUUGCGUGGGAUGUCCGAUUUGGAGUCAAAGCUUUUCCAUGCGCGGAAGCUGCUCGAGGAAGAGGCAAAGGCACGCAAGCACGCUGAACACGAGCGGGAUGCUAUUGAAAAGAAAAUGGUAGCAGUAUGUGAUAUCGUUCGGAACGAACAGGAUUUGAAAGACGAAACCAGGGAGAGAUUGGCAUUUAUGAAUGCUUACUCCUACAAACGCAAAUCUGUCCAUGAUAGAAUCGACGAACUAGGCAAUGACAUAAACUCUACUGGGUCAUUUUUGUCAGAUCUGUCAUUAACACAAUCGGAGGACGAUUUCCUUGACGCCAGAACAUCACGAAACAAGUCCUGGAAGAAACACCGUCCCUCGUACAAUGCUUCUGGUGCGAUCUACGGCGGUAAUAAGCGAACAAGGAUGAGCCAGGAACAAGCUGCAAAGCGUAAAAGCAUCAAUGAAAGCAAAAAAAUUAUUGAGCUUGGACCGAACGAAAAGAUUGUAGCUCAUACAAAGGUUUCCGUACCGCAAGACGAUGGUCCGAUUUUGGCAGAAUCGAUCAUCCAGGCUAUUCCGCCUCAAUUUGUUGCAGAGGCUCCCAAACCAACUGCUCCGAAACCGACGCCGCGAAAAGAAACAGAUGUAAAGGAGAACAUUUCACCGAAUCUUUUCAAAACUCCUACAAAAACCGAAACAAAGUUCUCCAAGAUGCAUUUAUUCACACCAUCAGCACCACCGAUGGAGGAAAUGGACCAUGGAUAUGGGGGUGGUAUAGCAAACAACACACCAUCAAUAAAACGAAGUAUCAUGCGUCAACAUGCAUUUACUGGAAAAACUUUCCUCAAGUCAGAAACUUGUACUCAGUGCCAGCAGAGGAUCCGCUUUGGUACGGCAGGUUUGCGGUGCCGUGAUUGUAAAGCCGUUGUCCAUUCCGAUUGUCGAGAUCAAUUGACGAUAGCAUGCGUUCCGCAAAGUGGCGGAACGCCUACAAUCAAAGGCGGUCAAGUGGGAGGGUCUCUAGCUGAUUUCACACCAAGUGUUGGCCCCAUGAUACCCGGUUUGAUUGUGCAUUGUGUAAACGAGAUCGAAACGCGAGGCCUUACCGAAGUAGGAAUUUAUCGGAUUCCCGGGUCUGAAAGAGAGGUCCGAGCAUUGAAGGAGAAAUUUUUGCGUGGAAAAACUGUUCCAAACUUGAGUAGUCUAGAUAUAAACGUGCUUUGUGGGUGUGUGAAAGAUUUUCUUCGCUCAUUGCGGGAACCUUUAAUUCCGUUAUCGUUGUGGAAGGACUUUUCGAAUGCAGUACAAGCCAUUUCGACACAGCAAAAGCAGCGCGAGCUGUUCGAGGCCAUAUCAAAACUACCGCAGCCCAAUCGCGAUACGCUCGCAUAUUUGAUUCAACACUUCCAACGAAUCGCCGAAUGCAAAGAGGUCAAGAUGCCACUAGACAACUUGGCGCGAGUUUUUGCACCGACCAUUGUUGGAUACUCGUCGCCAGAUCUUGAUGCACAUGCAACAUUUGCCGAAACCGUUAUUCAGUAUAAUAUUCUCGAGAGCUUGUUGAACAUUUCCACUGACUACUGGUCCCAAUUUGUUGACGUCGAAGAGCCAGCCCCAGAGGAUCUUCUCAAAUCGUACACAACUUCCAAUUCAAAAAAUUAUAUGGGUACGCCCCUGCUGAAGAGUCGCAAGGAAAGAAAGUUCUACGCCACACCUCCAUAUCCGGUAAAGAAAAAGUAAAUUGGAAGAUACCUCAUCAUUAGGUGUACUUAGACAAGCUCUUUCAAAUCCAGCAGAAACGAUCAUACCCUAAGGGAUAAGUGUUAGUAAUCGUAUUCUUGUAUUCUUAACCUUUAGUAAUUCGAUUUUAAGAUGUAUAGAGCGACAUGUGCUUAUUUAAUAUGUUCCCAUUGAAGUAUGCUCGCUUCUUUGAUCGGUAAACAAAUCUAGAUAAUAUCAAUUUGUUUUUAUUUGAACACGGAACAAAUAUUUUUUUUUAAAUAUACUCAUAUGUUUUCGAGCAUUAUUAAAUGGAAAUAGUAAAAAAAACCUGGAGAUCGAAUAAAAAUGUGAAUUAUUUUAUUAGCUGA